UUGUUCCCAUAUCCUUGUGUGUCUUGUGUGCAUGUGUGUGUGUGUGUGUAUGUGUGUGUCUAUUUAAAAAGCCAAAGAGAGAGUGUGUCAGUGCCCUUGAAGUACAGAGGACUGAUAACUCGUCAGGAUGGACCGACUUCUGCUGGUGACUUUAGUGGUGGUGGCGCUCUGCACCCUAGGGAGGGUGGAUUCUUCAGCCUAUGACAAGAUAGUCACCCACAGCCGCAUACGGGCCAGAAAAGAAGGGCCAAAUGUGUGUGCUCUGCAACAAGUCCUGGGAACCCAGAAGAAGUACUUCAGUACCUGCAGGAACUGGUACAAAGGCUCAAUCUGUGGCAAGAAGGCCGUUGUUGUAUAUGAAUGUUGUCCCGGGUACAUGAAACUGGAAGGCAUGAGAGGAUGCCCUGCUGUGGCUCCCAUUGACCAUGUGUAUGGCACACUUGGGCUUGUCAAGGCAACAAGCACACAGCAAUACUCUGACAUGUCCAAGCUGAGAGAGGAAAUCGAGGGAAGGGGCUCUUUCACUAUGUUUGCACCGAGCAAUGAUGCCUGGGACCUGGUGGACCCUAGUGUACGAGCCGCGCUGGUGAGCAACGUGAACAUCGAGCUGUACAACGCUCUCCACUUCCACAUGGUGAAUCAUCGUGUCUUGACCAAAGACAUGAAGGACGGCAAGAUGGUCACGUCUAUGUACAGCGACCAGAAACUUUACUUCAACCACUACCCAAAUGGGGUUGUGACAGUGAACUGUGCCAGGAUCAUCCAUGCCAACCAGGUGGCCACAAAUGGUGUGGUGCAUGUCAUAGAUCGCGUAAUCAGCGCUGUUAGCAAAACCAUCAAGGAGGUCCUGGAUCUUGAGGAUUCCCUCGUUACUUUCAGCACUGCAGCAACAGCAGCAGGUUUAAUGGACAAACUAGACCAACCCGGUCAAUAUACCUUGUUUGCUCCAACUGAUGAAGCCUUUGACAAGUUGGGUCCAGGUUACUUUGAGCGCAUCAUGGAUGACAAGAAUGUUAUCGCAGCUCUGGUGAACUACCACAUCCUGAACAGUGUCCAGUGUGCAGAAGCGAUCAUGGCAGGAGCCGCGUAUGAGACUGCAGAGGGCAGCACCGUAGAGAUCGGCUGUGAUGGCGACACCUUGACUGUCAAUGGCAUCAAGAUGGUCCUAAAGAAGGACAUCGUAACCUCCAAUGGUGUCAUCCACCUCAUAGACCAGGUGCUCAUCCCUGAUUCAGCCCAGGAGGUGACAGAGCUGAUUGGAAAAUCCCAGAGCACCUUCGGUGACAUGAUGACUGAGAUGGGCUUCGUUGCUGCCAUGGGUCCAAAAGCAGAAUACACACUUCUCGCUCCUCUCAACAGUGCCUUCACCACUGAGGUGAUGUCAAUAGACGAGAGCCUGCUGAGACUCAUUCUGGAGAACCACAUCUUGAAGACAAAAGUUACACUGAGCGAGCUUUACAACGGACAGCUGCUGGAAACAGUCAGCGGCAAAAUGCUCCGAGUCUUCGUUUACCGAACUGCCGUGUGCAUAGAAAACGCAUGUAUGGUACGGGGCAGCAAGGAAGGGAGCAACGGGGCCCUCCAUCUUCUCUCAACUCUGAUCAGAACAACUGAUAAAAGCAUCUACGAGAUCCUGGUUGCUGAUGGACGGUUCAAGAUUUUCUUGACCCUGAUGGAGGUAGCAGGUCUGCAGGAUAUGCUGAUGCAGGAAGGUUCCUACACCAUAUUUGCUCCAACUGACGAUGCCUUUGAUGGCCUCAGUAAAGAGGACCUUGAUUUGCUCAAGAGUGAUGUUACUGCCUUGAGAACCAUCCUCCUCUACCACUUCAGUAAUGGCGUCUUCAUCAACGGAGGAUUAGAGGGAAGAGUUACUAAUCUGGUCAAAACCGUGAUGGGCUACAACUUGCAAGUUAAAUCAGAAAACAACUCCAUUCUUGUCAACAAUGUGGAUGUGACAGAAAGUGACAUGUUGGGAACUAAUGGUGCGAUCCACGUGGUGAAGAAUAUUCUGUAUCCUGGAGACCUUCCUGUGGGCCGCCAGGACCUUCUGGUCCUCCUGCAGAAGCUGAUUAAGUACAUCCAGAUAAAGUUUGUUUCUGGAUUUGCUUAUGAGGAGAUCCCACUCCACUUUUUCAAAAAGACCAUUACGACCACUCGUUAUGUCGAAGUCCCUGAGUCAAAGACAACUGUCAUUAAAUUUACUGAGGAUCGGCCCACCUUCACCAACUUCACAGUCAUAAAGACAGAAUCAACAGUCAGGCAGGUGAACGUGGAGACUGAGCCUUCCAUCACCACCGUGAGGAGAGUUAUCCAGAAAGAGCCUUCCAUCAUAAAAGAAACCAGUGUGUUUGAAGGACAGCCUGGCUUUCAAAAAGUUACAAGAGUUAUCGGCACAGAGUUUGAUGCAGAGGGAAGCAGGAUUACAGGCCCAGAUUUCACCAAGAUAACCACCAUCCACGGAGACCCAAGCCUGAUCAAAGAGGAAUCGGAGAGAAUCACCUCGAUAAUUAAAGAGGGAGGUAGAUUCGCUGCUGCAAAGAAGUCUCCAGCUGGAAUAAGAAGAAGGACCAGGCUGGUGCGCCGUCAUCACAAGCCAAGGGAGUGAAGCCAGAGUAGAGAAACAAGUCUGGGUUCACCGACGAGACACCACCACCACCACCACCACUACCACCACCACCACCAUCAUCAUCACCACCACCAGCACUCAUGGCUGAGUAAUCGUGGAUUUAAAGACUGUGGCCUGACAGAGUGGAGUCAAAUCAGUCUUGUGAUUUCUUUUUGUUUAUUCCUCCUGAACCAUAACGUGUGUGAUAGGCAUUCAACGGGAUUAAAACACUCUCCAUGUGAGUGCGUGAGGCAAAUACGGCACUUUGCUGUGAGAUAAAUGAGGUUAAAAGGUGAAAUAUAUUCUAGAGAUUCUUUUUCUUCACAAGCUUGUUUUUUUUUUUUAAACAUGUCCCUAUUUUAAACAUACAGUUUUGAAUGACAUUUCUAUGCCUUUUAUGGUGCUUACAUUCUUCACAAUGGAUGGAUUUAAAUGAAUACAACAGUGUUUUGAUACCAUUCUUCUGUACUGUACCUCUGUAAAUUAUUGCAUGGUAAUUAAAAGAUACUUUGACUUUUA